UCUUAUAUUUUUAAUAAGAAAGAGUUACUGCUAUGUUUGAUGAAAAAUAUCCUGAUUAAUUCACAAAAAAAUUUUGUGAACUUGCUUCAAGAUACUGUAUUCAUAGGAAUAAUGUAAUUCUAACCAACUUCAGAGGCGUGUCAUGUUUGCAAUAAACGCGGCGUUCUUUCUGUAGUGUAUCUUACAACUUUUUAAUAUUUUAUAAAAGAUGCUUGCUUUAGGACCUAAAAAGGAUGGUGGACCGAACACAAAAUUUUUUGAAUCGCAAGAAAUUCUCACACAACUCGAUGGAGUCAAACAGUGGCUCCUGAAAAACUGCAAGAAGUAUGUACAAACGGAUCCUCCUACUAAUAAAAGUUUAGCUACUCUGAUAGUCCAAUUGUUACAAUUUCAAGAAGAUAAUUUAGGAAAAAAUGUUUCAAAACCACCGAUGACAAGGCUUCCUAUGAAAUGUUUCUUAGAUUUUAAACCAGGAGGUGGCUUAUGUCAUAUUCUUGCUACAGCAUAUCGUUUUAAACAAGAACAAGGAUGGCGUAGAUUUGAUUUUCCUGUUGGAAAGUCAGGAUCUCGUAUGGAUAGGACAGUGGAAAUGUUGAUGGCAGCUGAAAGAGCCCUAGUGCAAAACAGGUGCAUGCUUAUACCAAUUGUAUACGUAAGACCUGAUGUAGACAAGUCAACAGCUGCAAAAGUAAAGGAAGCGGUUCGACGACAUCAAGGCACUAUUGCCGAAAAUGAAACAGAUGCUACGCACAUAAUUUACCCUCCGGUAGAUCCAUUAGAGGAGGAAUAUGCGCGGCCUUGUAUGAGGCGCGAGAGAUCCGUUCUACUUCAUUGGUACUAUUUUCCAGAUAGUUACGAUUCUUGGACUGCUUUAGAUCUUCCGUGGGAUUUUCCUGAAGGAACGCUUACAAGUACAAACAUGAAAUCGGUAUAUAAAGUAUCCGCGACGUGGGCGUUAGAUUUAGAUCAGUAUAACGAGUGGAUGAACGAAGAAGAUUAUGAAAUGGAUGAAAAUGGUCAGAAGAAAAUACAUAAAUACAGGCUAUCGGUGGAGGAUUUAAUGGCUCAACCAUCUCAUCCUCCACCUUCCGCAAAGAAACCUAAAAGAAAACGAUCUCCCAGUCCGCCUCCUAAACUAGCAAAACGUAAAAGUGGAAGAGCACCAUCGGGUGUUCAGAGUGCCUCGUCCUCGUCGUCGCUUGCGGCGCCAAAAAAAUCACGCGGCGGAGAAGAGGAGGACGAUCUCACUCAAGGAAUGGAAGAUCCACCGGCGGAACCUCGGAUCGUGGAAGUAGUGGCUACACCUACGAAUCCACCCGUUACAGGUCAAGGUAACGUUCCAACAAGCGGUACUACGUUAACGACAACGGGAAGUAAAAAACAAGAUAACGAACUUCAACCACUUAAAUCCGGUAACAUGGCGGACUUAGACGAACCGAUGGAAGGUGAUAAGGGAAGUUCACAAAGCACUCAAGAUAGAGAAGAACGAGAUACAAGUAAGGAAAGAGGAGAAGGUAAUAAAGGAGACGAACCGGAAGACAACGUUACAGAACAAACACAUCAUAUCGUCGUUCCAAGUUAUUCGGCUUGGUUUGAUUAUAAUUCGAUCCAUACUAUCGAAAAGAGAGCUUUAUCUGAAUUCUUUAAUGGUAAAAAUAAAUCUAAAACGCCAGAAAUUUAUCUGGCGUAUAGGAAUUUUAUGAUCGAUACCUACAGAUUAAAUCCCACGGAAUACAUUACAUCAACAGCCUGUAGACGCAAUUUGGCAGGUGAUGUAUGCGCAAUCAUGCGUGUACAUGCAUUUCUAGAACAAUGGGGACUUAUCAAUUAUCAAGUAGAUGCAGAGUCAAGACCAACACCCAUGGGACCUCCGCCAACAUCGCACUUUCAUGUAUUAUCGGAUACGCCUUCUGGCUUAGCACCCGUUAAUCCCAACCCUCCAAAAACACCUCAACCAUCAGCCGCAAAAACGUUGUUGGAUUUAGAAAAGAAAUCGAAUGUAAUUGGAACGGAAGAAAAGGUUUCGGCCGGUGCGAUGACAAACUUUGGAUUGAAAAUUGAUCAGUAUUCGAGGAAACCAGCGGUUCUAAAGAAUAAACAAGCAGCUGGAGCUACUCGUGACUGGACGGAACAAGAAACACUUUUGUUAUUAGAGGGGUUGGAAUUACACAAAGAUGAUUGGAAUAAAGUUUGCGAACACGUUGGUUCUAGAACGCAAGAUGAAUGUAUUUUGCAUUUCUUACGACUACCUAUAGAAGAUCCAUAUUUGGAAGAAGGUGGACCAGAAGGUUUAGGCCCAUUGGCUUAUCAACCGGUACCUUUCUCCAAAGCUGGCAACCCAGUCAUGAGUACUGUUGCAUUCUUAGCUUCGGUUGUUGAUCCUAGAGUUGCAGCGAGUGCAGCUAAAGCUGCUAUGGAAGAAUUUGCAGCCAUUAAGGAUCAAGUACCAGCCGCUUUGUUAGAUCAACAUUUAAGAAAUGUUCAAGCUAGCGCGAAUUCUGAUGGCAAGUUUGAUCCGGCUGCGGGAUUAGCACAGUCAGGCAUAGCUGGGACUGGACCACCCGAACCACCAGAUGAUGCAACAGCACCUUCGACAACUGGAAGCGUACCAACGACCGUGGCUACUUCUCCGCAUUCGGCGACUCCGGCUUCGAUAGAAUCUAAGAAAGAGGAACAGGAGAAACCUAAAGAAGCCGAAGUUGAUCAAAAUCAAUUAGAAAUACCGAAGAAGGAAGAAGAACUUAAAGAGACAGAAGAAGAUACGAAAUCUACUAUGGAUGCUGAAGCGAUGGAAGCGAAAGAAAAGAAAGACAAGGUUGUACGAGACGCUCAACUUCAGUCAGCAGCUGCCGCCGCGUUAGCAGCGGCCGCUGUUAAGGCAAAACAUUUGGCGGCCGUGGAAGAACGUAAAAUUAAAUCUCUAGUAGCGCUGCUCGUUGAAACACAAAUGAAAAAAUUGGAAAUUAAGUUACGUCACUUCGAAGAAUUGGAAACUACAAUGGAACGAGAACGGGAGGGACUUGAAUAUCAGCGGCAACAGCUUAUCACCGAAAGGCAACAGUUUCAUUUGGAACAGUUGAAAGCCGCUGAAUUUAGAGCUAGACAGCAAGCGCAUCAGCGUUUAGCUCAGGAACAACAACAACAACAACAAAAUCAACAUCCUGCCUGGCAACCUGCUGCGCAACAACAACAGCAACAACAACCACCUAGCCCGCAAGCGGCAGCUCAACAACCACCUGCACACACGCCCCCACAACAGGCAUAAUUUCAUUUGUGAGUUAUUUAUAAAACAUAGUUAUUGAUCGCGAAAGAAUUGUAUGGUGUUAUCAUUUUAUUCAGAAACACGAAGAAUGUAGAGAUAUAAAUUUUUAAUACUGAAUAUAUUAUUUCUGCAAUAUAGAAUAAUAUUUUCUUG